AUGUCACUAUCGACUAUCCAGAAACUUUUUAUCCAAAAACUGCUAUAGAAAAAUUCUAAAGAAUAAUAAAUGUGCAAAAUAUUAUCGCUGUAAGAACCAGAUUAAUGGACGGUUAUUAUGACGAAGUUCUUAGCUGAAUAUAAGAAACCGUCUCUUAACUUUUAACUAAAAAAACUAAGAAUCGGCUAUUAAAUAAGAGGAUCCACUGAAAGUAAAACUAAAAUAUUUAAAAGCUGGUUCUUAGCUUUUUUUUAUUUAAAAAUUAAGAGACGAUUUCUUAUAUUUUAUUAAGAACUCUACCCUAAGAACUCCGUUAAUCAUGUUCUAAGUCUAUGACAUGUUUUGGCACUAGCGGAAAGAAAACUACUCUCUCUUAAUACUUUUUUUUAUUACUUCUGCCGCAAGAAAGUCAAACAAUAAGACGCGCGAUGAUGCAACCUUCUGUUCUUCGAAACUUCUUAUAUUCACCCUUAAUUUUCUUUUUGAAAGAUAUAAUAUUCUGAAACCCUGAGAUUUGACCAAGUUACGCUUCAUUUUUGAAAGAAUAUAAUUUUCAGUUUUUAAAUACUCGAAACGAGUUUCUUUUUAUAGACUUUUUAAAACAAAUAUUCUCAUCGCGUGAAGACUUAAUAGGGAUUAUUGGUUGUUGUAUUUUAAUGGAUUUGAAAAUCCAAACUAAAUCUAGUGUUAUUGGUUCUAUGAUUUUCAAAUCUGUAUUAAAAUCAUGUGUUAUUUGUUUAAUGAUUCAUAAAUUCUAUAUCAAAUCAAGUGUUAUUCAAUCGUACGGAUUUACUAAUAUAUUUGAUUUAAUAAUGGAUUUGAAUGGAUUUGUUUAGAUUUUUUAGUUAAAAAUACAAAGACUCAAAUCCGAGGGAAAACCUCCGGAUUUGCAUAUUUUACUUGGAUUUAUAAAUACUAUAUGGAUUUCUAAAUCAAUCAAAAUAUAUAAACCAAUAUUAAAUUUAAUACAAAUCCCGUAUAUAUUACAAGAACAACACGAAUUUAGAAAACCAAAGGGUCAUCAAUUGAAACAAAAAUGGUGAGCCCAUUUAGAUCUCCAUGUACUUCCCCAAAAAAAUCAAGAAAAGCGAGCAAGAACCCUUAUUCAAACCGUGGACUUGAAAAAUUCUCUGAGCUUCUCUCGGAACUCGACGAGAAGAGACAAAGCAUCUACUCGAAGAAGCUCGAUUCCAGUGGCCCGCCUCUUGUCCGAUUCGUGUUCACAAGCUCCGGCGAGUGUGUUCCCGUCGUGAUCAAAUCAUCUUAUCUUCAUAAACAGAAGAAGACCAAAGAUGUUGCUGCUGCCAAAGUCAAGACAGAGGUCAAAGAAACGAAAACAGAGGAAACGAAGAAACCAGAACCUGAAACAGAGGAGAAACAGAGCUGUGUUUUGAACGAGAAUCUAAAGAAGAUCGCGAGACCGAAUCGUUUCUUUCCAGUGACUGUGAUAUUGGUUCUUAUUUUCUUGGUUUUCUUUGGAAGAUCUGUUGCGAUUAUGUGUACUUGUAUUGCUUGGUACUUGGUACCAACGAUCAAGGAACAGAGCGGAAACAGAGGACCUUCAACAUACACGAUGAAGAAGAAAGAUUUCGCAAGGAAAUUGAGUAUUGAAGACAGAGCAUCAUUUAAUCCAAGAACUCUUCGUCAUCUUUCUUCUCGCAAGUAGCAUUUUGCCUUCUCUGGCUGCUCGUGAAAGAAAAAACGCGUGACAGAGCAAAAACGUUUUUCUUUUCAUUUUGUGAAUGUUCUUUGGUUUAUUUUUUUGUCACCGUUUUUGUUUGUUUCUUUCAUGGUUGUUAAUUUUUAGACAGCUGAAUUAACAUAAAAUUCGUGUAUAUUUGUUUUCUAGGGUGUUAAUGGAUUUAGAUGUAAAUAUGCAACUGGAAGGUGUUCUUGUUUGAAGCUUUAAUCAACAAACUCCCCAAACUGCUACUUUCUAGUGACUUCUACAACAAAAUAGCUUAGUUCUAAAAGAAAAAACAAGUUCGAAGCUUUUAUCAACAAACUCCAAACUGCUACUCGUUUUAUCACACUGACAAUCUUAAUAAUUCAUCGAAUAGUGUUUAAAAAAUGUUCCAAAUUGUUUACUUUUUAUCUAGGCUUUUUUUUUUUUUAAUCUAGGCUUUUUGAUUGGUGUGUUAGAGUGUCGUUAGAGUACCUAUGAACAUAAAGUAAAGAACACAGAGUUUUUUAUCGGGUUUCCCUACGUCUCCAGGACCUAGUCUAGAACCAAAUCCACUAGAACAAGAUUGCAAUUAAAAUUUCUAUAGUAUCCAAUACUACAGUGUCUACCAUUCUUUUCUAGAAGAAUGAAUGAUGAAGUGGAAGCUUCUAGGGAUAUAAUUAGAUCCCGAAAACUAGGGUUUAUGAAUACUCUUCAGUCAAAAGCUUUUAGAGUUGAGAAUACUCUUCUCAGUGGCUUAUAAAACCUCUUUAGAAAAACUCCUUUUAUUAAUCAAUCAUAAACUGAAUACUGAAUACAAACCUAAGCUUAGACGGCUAUAUAUAAAAUAAAACCGUAAAACCCUAUAACAAUAAAGAUAAUUAUCUAAAUAACAAAUAAAAUAAAUAAUAAAUAUUUGAAAAUAUCUCAAAUAUUUAUCUGCAUCAAUGAACUUUGAAGAUAGGUAUCAAGCAUUCAUGCAUUGAGUACCUUCCAGCAGCAAUGGAGCAUCGCUGUCUACGAACAGCUGUGAUUUUCAUAGAAACUAACCACCAACAGAUCAUACAAAUAUUUAUGGUGGGAUGACGCCACACACAGCUUGUGUGCCUCUCUGGAAAAUACCAUAGGCGUGCAUGCAUUCUAAAAAAGGUGGCUUUUUAGUAUUUAAUUGAUUGCUCAACUCUAAAUCAUAGGGUUUUCAAGCAAUCUUUCAUUUUUCUUCUCAUAAGGAUAAUGAAAUUUUUCUUCAUCUUUUUUUUUGUGCACAAAUUUUUCCUCAUCUUCAACAUACUAUUUAAAUGACUAUCCAGCUCAGCAAACAGAUCUUGGCUUGUCCAAGUCGUCCCUAAGCUGUUGUCCACUUAUGUGUUCCAACUUUUUGUUAGCAAUCGCAUAGCUCUGUUCCUGAUGUACUUGACGUACUUCUUGAACAACUUUCUGCAGUACUUCUUGUCGUACUUCUUGAACAUGUGACUGAUACAUCUCCUGAUAUAUAUAUAUAUAUGAUGGCUGGUUCUAAUACCUUCUCAAACCAGUCAACAAUACAUCUUCAAUCUCUCCUUUGAUGACUAAGUUUUAGAAUACAAGCGCUUUUACAAACUAGUGAACACAACACUAACACUUUCUAUUGCAAAGGUUGUAUAUAAUUCUAAUUUUCGGACUUUUGGAUUUUUGUGUGUGUAUUUUUUUUUGCUAAGUUUUGUUUUGGGUUUCUGCCAAGUUGGUAUGCUAUACAUUAUUUUCUUAAGCAAUGCUAAGACAGCGCAAAAUAUAAAAGGAAUUAUUGGAAGAUUUUCGAAAAUUGCAAAAAUAUGGGGAUUCAUAGUAAUUAUAUCUGGUUAGAAGAACUUAGGCUCAAGCACGAGAACUUUUAAAUUGAAGACUAGUCUGGUAAAUAAGAUGGGUUUUGAUGAGGAGAAGAACUAUGUGUUUUAUGAGAUGGCAAAUUAUGUGGCAGUGAAAUACUUUAUUAGAGAGGUAACUGAUGAAGGUGAGGUUGAAGUUUGUAAAAUUUAUACUUCAAAGAUCAUGCUAAUAUUCUUACCAAUAGUGUUCCAGUGGAAAAAAAUUGAAUCUACUUUAGGUCUUCUAAGGCUAACUUACUAAUUGAUGAAACAUCAUUAAUUUCUAAAGGUUAAAUCUGAAGUAAGAGUGUUCUAUAGAGAUGAGAUUAAAGUUGAAUCAAGGUGGACCAUUUAUAGUAUGAUUCCAUUUCAUACUGAAUGUCGAUUUGAUGUUUGAAGCAAAAUUGAAUAAAGUCGAUAACAGUUUGGACAAGUCUGCAUAAAUCUGUUGUAGGUUUGGUCAAUCUGCUAAAGUUUGUGAAGGCAUUACUAAAGCUCUGCACUUUGAAGAUGGAAGACAACUCGUGAG